AUUAACGUUAAUCUUCGAAGUAGAAAUUAAAAAACCAUCAAACAGCGUCUUGUAAUCAGAGAUUGGAGUGAGGUAGUUAGGGUUUUAGGUUAUAUCACUGGACAAUUUCAAUAAUUUUCCCGCCGAGUAUGGAUACAGAAGGGCAAAGGGGCUCUACGAACCCAUCUGCAAUGCUGGCUUCUCUUCUUGGCAGGAGAGCCAAGCUUCAAGAAGAGCUUCGAAGCAUCGAAAGACAAGUCUAUGAUAUGGAGACGAGUUAUUUACAAGAUCCUAGCCAAUGCGGCAAUGUAUUGAAAGGUUUUGAGGGGUUCCUUUCUUCAUCUAAGAACACUGCACUCUUGAAGCGGUCUAGGAAGUUCCAGCCUGAAGAUAGGCUUUUCUCGUUAUCUUCAGUUACCUCUCCUGCAGCCGAGGAACUUGCAGCCGGAAGAGAUGAUGGCAAAGCAGACUUUGGCGUAGGUCGGUCAAAGGGUGGAGGUAUAUAUGCAAAUGGACAGGGAAAACCAAAGAAGGGAAGAGCUGGGCCGAGAGAUGCAAAGAGGAUCAGGCAUGAACCUGAUUAUGAUUACGAUGAUGAUCCUGAUGUUACGUUGUGAUUGUCCCGGCAUUCGAUCAUUGAACUUUUUUUUCUCUCUUCCCUCAAAAUAUCAAUCAUGCCAGCUUUGGAAGUGGAAACAGAGGCAAGCCAAAAGCCUUACAGAGCAUUGGUUUAGUGCUAUGCUAUUGUUUGUUGUUUACAGCAUGGCUAUUGCUGUAGAUACUCCAUUGUCAUGCAUUCAUCAGUGUCUACUUAUAUAUAUAUAUAUAUAGACUCUUCUGCUUUGGGGGUUACUCUAAAACCCAAAACUAUAACAAUGAAGCAAAUUCUUGGUUUUC